AUGCAGCCCAGCGAGCUCCAGGAAAUUGCGCGGGCCUUGCGCUCUGCACGAGACAGCCAGACUCCCAUCCAGGCACCUACCAAGACCUGGCCGGGUUUGGAUGCCGACAGUGCCUUCGAGGUGCAGCGCAUCGGCGCCGAGGAAGCUAUCAAGAAAGGUGACCGUCUGGUGGGAUAUAAACUGGGGAACAUCGCCAAGGUGAUGCAGAGUGCCUUCGGACUAGAUCACCCGGACUAUGGCUUCCUUCUCGCCAGCACCACCAUUUACGAGGGAUCAUCCCUGCCGCGCAAUCAGUACAUCAAACCCUUCGUGGAGCUCGAGCCAGCCUUCGUGCUGCGAGGGCCUCUAUGUGGACCCAACGCCACCGUGGUGGACGUGAUGAACGCAAUCGACUACGCCAUUCCUGCCGUCGAGAUCAUCGAUUCGCGCGUGCAGAACUGGGCCAUCGACCUGCCCGACACCCUGGCGGACAACGGGUCGACGGGCUCCAUCAUUCUCGGAGGUACGCCGCGCAAACUGACGGAGCUGACCCUGAGCGACACGCGCGGCACAUUGUCCUUCAACGGCCGCCAGGUGAUGACGGGCAAUACGGCCAACGUGCUGGGAAAUCCGCUGUCGGCCAUGGCAUGGCUGGUUAAUCGGUUGGCGGCCUACGACAUUGAAUUUCAACCAGGGCAGGUAAUCAUGCCGGGGAGCUGUCUGGAGGCGGUACCCAUGGAAGAGGCCGGACAUUGGGUAUGCACCUUUGAAGGCUGGGGGACAAUCGAGUUCAAUGUGGUUUGA